AUGUGUGAUGCUGGCGGUUACCGAGCCCUGCAGGGGAGAAGCGCGGGCCAACUCAAGGGCAGGCCCUGGGCAGCAGCCUUUGAGGAGUCCAACUACGAGUACGGCUCCACGAAGUACCUACUGCUCUGCGGCCUGGGCGGGAUGCUGAGCUGCGGGCUGACGCACACGGCCAUCGUGCCCCUGGACCUGGUCAAGUGCCGCAUGCAGGUGGACCCCAGCAAGUACAAGGGCAUCCUGAGCGGCUUUGGCGUGACACUGCGGGACGAUGGACUGCGCGGCCUGGCCCGAGGCUGGGCCCCGACCUUUCUGGGCUACUCCAUGCAGGGCCUCUUCAAGUUCGGCCUCUACGAGGUCUUCAAAAUCCGCUACGCGGAGCUCCUGGGCCAAAAGAAGGCCUAUGAAUGGAGAACCGGCCUGUACCUGGCCGCCUCGGCCAGCGCCGAGUUCUUCGCCGACGUGGCCCUGGCCCCUAUGGAAGCAGUGAAGGUUCGCAUGCAGACGCAGCAGGGCUAUGCCCGCACGCUCCGGGCAGCGGCCCCCAAGAUGUACGGCGAGGAGGGCCUGUGGGCCUUCUACAAAGGCGUGGCACCACUCUGGAUGCGCCAGAUCCCCUACACCAUGAUGAAGUUCGCCUGCUUCGAGCGCACGGUUGAGGCGCUCUUCAAGUACGUGGUGCCCAAGCCGCAGAGCCAGUGCACCAAAAGUGAGCAGCUUUCCGUGACCUUUGUGGCCGGCUACAUCGCUGGUGUCUUCUGCGCCGUGGUGUCCCACCCUGCGGAUUCCGUCGUGUCCGUUUUGAACAAGGAGAAAGGUAGCACGGCCUUCGAGGUUCUCCGCAGAUUGGGGUUCAAGGGAGUGUGGAAAGGCCUGUUUGCCCGGAUCAUCAUGAUUGGCACCCUGACUGCCCUGCAGUGGUUCAUCUACGACUCGGUCAAGGUCUAUUUCAAAUUGCCUCGCCCUCCAGUCCCUCAAGCGCCCAAAUCCCGAAAGUAG